ACAUGCGUCAAAUGCCGAAAAACACUUUUUAAUUUGUUUUCUCUAGACGUCCUCCUAGGGAUUCAAAAACCCCUUUGCCGAAAAGUUUACAAGCCUGCGACUAUUAAAGUUUCUAAGCGAUGGCAUCGCGACCUUGAUUUUCAUCUUUGCGACUUUAACAGCGCGCUUCCUGUGUUGUUUUUUUGGACUAAUACAAGAUGACGUCUGAGUAACAUAUUUAUCCUUGCUGACCGCUAAGUCGAGCUAACACAAGUAGACGUUGGACUAAAACAAAGCAAAACCGUAACAUACUUUCUCGCUUUUAACUAGAGUAAGGCAAUUUUUGCGCUAGUCUAAAAAGGAAUUUUGUAGUGAAGCCUUUUUGGAACUAUACAUUACUUGUUAGAGCAAUAUUGUCUAUAAAUUUCGUGUUUCUUACGGGUCUAUUUAUUAAAGACAGAAUUCUGUUCCUAGGCUUUUACGCUAAAAAAAAACUUGGCAAUAAUUUGGGUUUCCUUUUUCUUAAUAUUUUGCCUAACUUAAGAAUGGCACAUUCCGAACCAGUUGAACGCCACAAAAUUGGUCGUCUCGGUUGGUUGCGAGCAAUGGUGCUGGGUGCCAACGACGGUAUUCUUUCGACUUCAAGUUUACUUGUGGGUGUCAUUGCUUCUAAUCCAUCUCGAAAUAUUGUUCUGGUAACAGGUAUCUCUGGACUAAUUGCAGGCGCCAUGUCCAUGGGUGCCGGUGAAUAUGUUUCGGUAUCUUCGCAAUCAGACAGCGAGUCUGCUGAAUUGCAUUUGGAACAACAAGAGCUAUUACAGGAUUGGGAUGCAGAGGUUAAUGAGUUAACUCGAAUCUAUAUGAAUCGGGGCUUAGAAAAACCACUAGCUCGUGAGGUUGCUACGCGUUUAAUGGAACAUAAUGCUCUUGAAGCUCAUGCUCGUGACGAACUCAAUAUCUCUGAACUUACUGCGGCCAAACCUUUCCAAGCAGCCAUAGCUUCUGCACUUUCGUUUUCCUUGGGAGGAAUUGUUCCCGUCCUAGUUGUUUUACUGGUUCCUUUGAGUAUGCUGCACUGGGUUUUGUCCAUCACAUCUCUCAUUGAGUUAGCUGUUCUUGGCGUGGUUGGUGCCAAGGCAGGAAACGCUAAACCCCUUCGUGCCUCUCUCCGUGUUGUUUGUUGGGGUGCAGCAACAAUGGCUGCAACUUCUUUUAUUGGAAAAUUAUUCAACGCCCCCAUCAUGGACUAAUAUGAUGCAUGUGUACAUAAUGAGCAGACCAUGCCUGUGUAAUUUACUUUAAUGAAUACAUUCGAUUUCAAUUUUUGGAGUUAUGAUAGUGCCCAACGAUUAUUACUUUGCAAUAUGCACU